AUGUGGCUGUGUUCUAAAUGGACAUUACUCAUAGUUUCACAGCAGCAGCAGUUGUUCACAGUUGGUUGGACUCAUAGUGAACAGGAAGUGAAAGACACAGUGGGAGUGCAGCGGCCUGCCCUGACCGUCCUGCCCCCCUCCAGAGAGGAGCUGCUCCGGGACAGUGUCACGCUGCUGUGUGUGGCCAGUGGGGGCUUUCCUUCUGAUUGGACGCUGAGCUGGAGAGUGGGCGGGGCUUCCACUGAGGGGUCCCACAGCCCGGGGGUCCUGAGGGGGGACAGUCUCUACGACCGCAUCAGCGUCCUGCAGCUGUCCACAGAGCACUGGAGAGACGCAUCAGUGAUGUGUGAGGCCCAUCGGAGUGGACAGAGCCCAGUCACUCAGGGCCUGGAGGCAGCGUCCUGCUCCCAAGUGGAACCUGUGAAGCAGCAGCAGGCCAGUGUCCAGAUGAGGAUGGAGCAGAGCAGAGCCAUGGACUUUGUAUCACUGUGGAACACGUUUGGAGGAGGAACACAGCUCAUCGUGGACUUGGGAGUGCAGCGGCCUGCCCUGACCGUCCUGCCCCCCUCCAGAGAGGAGAUGCUCCGGGACAGUGUCACGCUGCUGUGUGUGGCCAGUGGGGGCUUUCCUUCUGAUUGGACGCUGAGCUGGAGAGUGGGCGGGGCUUCCACUGAGGGGUCCCACAGCCCGGGGGUCCUGAGGGGGGACAGUCUCUACGACCGCAUCAGCGUCCUGCAGCUGUCCACAGAGCACUGGAGAGACGCAUCAGUGAUGUGUGAGGCCCAUCGGAGUGGACAGAGCCCAGUCACUCAGGGCCUGGAGGCAGCGUCCUGCUCCCAGUGA